UAGUGCGCCAUUUUACUGCGUCCACCGCCAUCCGGCAAGAUGGUCCCCUCGCUUUGUCUGCCCUGACCGGAGUUGUUUCGGGAUUCAGAGCUUCUUCCUACACCCCGUGCCAUCGACACAUCUGCGCCUCCGUUCGACCCGGGCCGUCCGCACCCCAAACGAAACGCGCCUCCAUCAGUUAAGCGAUGACGACGGCUGGCAGCAGGUAAAAUGAGUCUGGCUUCUUCUGAAUCUCAUCUGGAUCAAAUGGCAGAUAAAGAAGAGGAGCCUGGCAGCUCUACAGACACCAUGAAGCCGUCCUCGUCCCGCAGCAAGAGGAAGUCCUCCGCAGUAGCUAAGCACACUGAAGUUAACGAAUCGGAGUCCUCAGCUGAAAGUGACAAUGAAGGUGCCACUUCUGACAAUCCGUCCGAUGGGAACACGGGCACCAAUUCCAAAGGCACUUUAGUGAUGAGGCCAGCUGGGAAUGAAAACAAAGGUGCCAUGAAGCUCAGAGUGGAUUUCAAACAGAAGAAAUCAGAUGAUACCCUGCAAAAGAAGGUAAACUGCACUGCCUGCGGGAAACAAGUCAACCAGUUUAACCGCAACUCGGUGUGUGAGCACCCUGCACUCAAAGUGCUUAUCUGCAAGUCGUGCUACAACUUCUACACGAGUGAUGAUAUCAGCAGAGACUCUGAUGGGAUGGACGAGCAAUGCAGGUGGUGUGCUGAAGGUGGCAAACUCAUCUGCUGCGACUACUGCAACAACGCCUUCUGCAAGAAGUGCAUUCUGCGCAACCUGGGUCGAAAGGAGCUGUCGGUCAUCACAGACGAGAACUCCAAGUGGCACUGCUACGUCUGCCGGUCAGAACCUCUCCAGGACCUGGUCUCCAAAUGCCAUAGCAUCAUGGAAAAGCAAGAACUGAAGCAGCCGAAAACAGAGGAGCGAGACCGCAAGAGGCACAAGCUUAAAGCAGCCAAAGAGCACAAAGCAGUCGUCAAUGGGAAAGAACACACUGAAGGCUCGGGGACCAUGACGUUUUCCUACAAAAAGCUGCAAGUACCCAAAGAACUUAUUAAAAAAACAAAAAAACUUGUGGAGACGACAACCGGUUUAAACACCACGUUCAUUCAGUUCAUCCAACAGUCAGUCGAAGAACAGGGAGAUAAGUCUAUCAGGUAUCGACAUUUGAAAGCCUUCAGGGCUGUGCUCUCUGACUUGAAAAAAGCCCACAGUGCUUUGGAAGAAGCAUUGGAACCUGAGUUUAAAAGCAUGGAGUUGCAAAACGGCAACGAAGUGCAGCACGUUGUGAAAAAGACUGCUAAUUUUGUGGCUACUGCAGAAAAUGAUCACACUGACGAUGUGGCGGGUGACGGGCCUGAUGUGGCUCAAGUGGCGGAGCAGGAUCUGAAUGAAGAUCAGGACAUGGACGAUGACCAGGACAUGGACAACGAGCAGGAGGAUGAUCAAGACAUGGACAACGAGCAAGACGAUGACCAGGACAUGGACAGUGAAAACCGUGGUGAGCCGGAGAAGGACAGUCGUGGUGAGCAGGAUACAGGCCAACUGCAGCACCCCGAGGCGGACGCACAGGAGCAGUGCUUUGAAGCAGACGUCCACAACAAGCAGCCUGAGGAGCAGGAUGCCAACACGGACCAAGCAUCAAAUGAGACCGAAACGAAAGACCACCAAACAGAAACCGAUUUAACCAAAAAUGUAAUUAAAACUGAAGUUUGUGACGACGAGCUGGUGUCGUCCACUGAAAUGUCGCUAGAUCACGACAUCAUGUCCGUGCCUCCUUCGGUUCCCGAGGAGCUUUUCCAGAUGGUGGAGAGCCUUGCGGACUCCUCCAUGCUCUCACAGACCGACACCAAUGCGGCUGCGGACAGUGACGCCAAGUCCAGCGAAGGCCGCGCGGACUCCCAGCGUUCUCAGCCCAAAGUGAAGAACCUCAUAGUCAAACUGACUCCCGUGCCAGUUGUGAAAACAUGUGGGUCACGUUCAUCCAAGUCUAAAAGCAAGGAAACGGACGCGGGGACGGCGAAAAAGGGCAAGAACGAACCUGACGGGGAAGAGGAGGAGAACAAGGCUGCUUCUGGUGCCGUCGACGGUACAGAGAGUCCACCACCCAGUCGCCGCUCCAGCAGAGUGAAAACUACUCCUCUGAGGAAACAGGCCGAGAACAAUGACAAGAAGGAAUCCUCCGAGUCAGAUUCAGAGGAGGAGAGUAAGAACAAGGUCAAAUCGUCCUCCAAAACCAGAGACUCUCGGAGGAAGGAUGCGGCAAAGGCGAAGUCUGAGGACAAGGUGGUGGACUCCGAUUCAGAUGAAGUUCCACAGGCGCUGCUGGAGAAAGCCGCAGCAGGCCAGAGCUCAGAGGAGGAGCAGGAGGAAAGCACGUCAAAGAGGGGCUCGCUCAAACACAAAGCAUCGGAACAGGACUCAGAAAAAUCGUCCAAGCGCAAAAGGAAGCCUGAAAACUCAGAUUCAGACCAAGACGGCAAAAGCAAGAAGGUGUCCAAGAAGAAGAAGCAGAAAGAGUCGGGCUCCUCGGACUCGGACUCCGACCAGGAGAAGGAAACAAAGGGCAAGGUGCGAACGUCAAAGAGGAGGUCUAAUCGUGUGAAGAAACAAGAGGGAACGAAGGAGCGGGACAAAGCCUCACCUGAGAGGAGGGGCGAUCGCAAGAGGUCCUAUGAAAAGAAGCGGAAGGGAAGGAGCCCCAGAGGAGCCUCCAAGCUGCAGUCUUCCUCCAGUGACGACGAAGCGGAGGAGGAGGAGGGGGGGCAGCAGGCUGAAGGAGACUCUGGAGAGGACAGCGACGUGCAGAAGAUCAAACCCAUCGUGGACGGUAACGUGGCCGGAGGCAGUGCACCCUUUCAUCAGUCCUCAGGAGAUGAGGUGGACAACAAAGACGGCGGCGCUGGGGGUUGUGAUGAUGACGAUGAUCCUGAAAACAGGAUUGCUAAAAAAAUGCUUCUCGCCCAAAUAAAAUCCAACUAUUCGUCUGGAGCAGAAAGCUCCUCUGAUGAUGAAGCAGCAGAUAAAGAGGAGAAGUCAUCAAAGAAAGCUAAAAAAGAAGAAGAUGAUGAAGAAGAUGAACAGCAAGAUGACGACUCGCAAGACUCUGGUUCGGAUGUUGAAGUGAAAAAGAGCGGCAGACGCCACAAACUGCUCCGUCACAAGCUGUCACUGAGUGAGGGAGAAUCAGGAGACGAGAAAUCCUCCACAAAGAAGAGCAAGAAAGAAAAGAAGAAGUCGGGACGCAAAGUAGGCAGCGACGACUCUGCCGACUCCGACUUUGAAAAGUCAGCGAGCAGCCAAGAGUCGGAGGCAAUGAGUGAAGAAGUUAGUGAGUCAGAGGACGACGGCAAACGCCGAAAGACCCGUUCCUCAAAGAAGAAGGAUGACGAAAAACAGAGAAGCUACAAACAGAAGAAGAAGCGACGCAGGAUCAAAGUUCAGGAUUCCUCUUCCAGCAAUGAGAAGAGUGGGGAGGAAGAUGGCGAGGAUGGCGACCAAGAUGGAGAGGGUCGCAAAGGCCGGAAGAAGAUCCGCAAAAUCCUGAAGGACGACAAACUGCGGACGGAGACGAGAGACGCUCUGAAAGAAGAGGAGGAGAGGAGGAAGCGCAUCGCCGAGAGAGAAGCACUCAGGGAGAAACUACGAGAGGUGAUCGUGGUGAAUGAGUCUUCCCAGGUGACCUGUCCCAUCACCACCAAGCUGGUUCUGGAUGAAGACGAAGAGACCAAGGAGCCUCUGGUGCAGGUGCACAGGAACCUCGUCACAAAACUCAAGCCUCACCAGGUUGACGGGGUGCAGUUUAUGUGGGACUGCUGCUGUGAAUCGGUGAAAAAGAUUCAAAAGUCCGCUGGGUCUGGAUGCAUCCUUGCCCACUGUAUGGGUCUGGGGAAAACUCUGCAGGUGGUGGCAUUCCUUCACACGUUGCUGCUCUGCGAGAAGCUGGACUUCAGCACAGCCCUCGUGGUCUGUCCCCUCAACACCGUCCUCAACUGGCUCAACGAGUUCGAGAAGUGGCAGGAGGGGAUGGAAGAUGACGAGAGCCUGGAGGUGACUGAGCUGGCCACAGUGAAGAGGGCACAGGACCGAGCGUACGCUCUCCAGCGGUGGCAAGAGGACGGCGGGGUGAUGAUCAUCGGCUACGAAAUGUAUCGGAACCUGACGACAGGCCGGAACAUCAAGAGCAAGAAGCUGAAAGAGACGUUCCAGAAGACGCUGGUAAAUCCAGGUCCAGACUUGGUGAUUUGUGACGAAGGUCACAUCCUGAAGAACGAGGCGUCCGCUGUGUCCAAAGCGAUGAACGCCAUCAGGACGCGGCGGAGGGUCGUACUGACCGGAACUCCUCUGCAAAACAACCUUGUUGAAUACCACUGCAUGGUCAACUUCAUCAAAGAAAACCUGCUCGGGUCGGUGAAGGAGUUCAGGAACCGUUUUAUUAACCCCAUUCAGAACGGCCAGUGCGCCGACUCCACUCUCCACGACGUGCGGAUCAUGAAGAAGAGGGCUCACAUCCUCUAUGAGAUGCUGGCCGGCUGCGUCCAGAGAAAAGAUUACACAGCACUCACCAAGUUCCUGCCUCCCAAACAUGAGUACGUUUUAUCAAUCCGAGUGACUCCGAUUCAGUGUCUCCUGUACAGAUACUACCUGGAGCACUUCACAGGUGUGGGGAACGCUAUGGAAGGGGGCCGGGGUCGCUCCGGGACGAAACUCUUCCAGGAUUUCCAGGUGCUCAGCAGAAUCUGGACCCAUCCCUGGUGCCUUCAGCUGGACUACAUCAGCAAAGAAAACAGGGGUUUCUUUGAUGAGGACAGUAUGGACGAGUUCAUCGCUUCAGAAACAGAAGAAUCCUCUAUGAGUGUGACCUCUGAAGACGAGAAAGCGAAGAAGAAAAAGAAAGGAAAGGGGAAACGGCGGGGAUCUGAGGACUCGGACAGUGACGAGGUGGAGGUUAUCAAGGAGUGGAACACGAGCUCUCGAGGUCGGAACGGAGAGGGCCGAAGCAGACCGGAGCCUGUCGAAGAACCUCGGACCACCAGCCCCAGCGGGGGCCCCACUGCCGACUGGCACAAGGAGUUUGUCACCGAGGCCGACGCCGAGGUCCUGGAGCAUUCUGGGAAGAUGACCAUCCUCUUUGAGAUCCUGCGCAUGGCGGAGGAAGUGGAUGAUAAAGUUUUGGUGUUCAGCCAGUCCCUCAUCUCUCUGGACCUGAUCGAAGAUUUUCUGGAGCUGUCCUGCAGAGCUAAGGAUGAAGAUAAAGUCUCUCCAUACAAAGGUGAAGGCAAGUGGUUUAGAAACAUUGACUACUACCGUCUGGACGGCUCCACCAACGCCACCACCAGGAAGAAGUGGGCCGAGGAGUUCAACGACACCAGUAACGUGAGAGGCCGCUUGUUCCUCAUCUCGACGCGAGCGGGCUCUCUCGGCAUCAACCUGGUGGCCGCCAACAGGGUCAUUAUCUUUGACGCCUCCUGGAAUCCGUCCUACGACAUCCAGAGUAUCUUCAGAGUGUACCGUUUUGGUCAGAUUAAGACGGUCUAUGUCUACAGGUUCCUGGCCCAGGGCACUAUGGAGGAGAAGAUCUACGACCGGCAGGUCACCAAGCAGUCUCUGUCGUAUCGGGUGGUGGACCAGCAGCAGAUUGAGAGGCACUUUACCAUGAACGAGCUGGCCGAACUCUACACCUUCGAGCCGGACCUGCUGGACGACCCCUCAGGGAAGAAGAGCAAGAAGGCCACGCCCAUGCUCCCCAAGGAUCCCAUCCUGGCCGAGCUGCUACAAAACAAUAAGGACCAGAUCGCGUGUUACCACGAGCACGACUCCCUGCUGGACCACAAAGAGGAGGAAGCGCUGAGCGAGGAGGAUCGCAAGGCUGCAUGGGCCGAGUACGAAGCAGAGAAGAAGGGUCUGUCCAUGAGGACCAACUACCAGAUGCCCUACGCUCAGAUGGACAUGGGCACCUCCAACUACUUCUCAUACAACGUGGCGGCUUUGGCCUCCAUGAGUAACCAGCAGCUGGAGGACCUGAUAAACCAGGGACGACAGAAAGUCAUCGAAGCAACAAACGCUCUAAAAACUUUGGGACGGGAGUCACUCGAAGACACGAUCGCCUCAGUGUGGAAGGAGAACCCGGCACUCACAGAGAACCAGGUCCAGGCGAUGGCCCUGGGACGGCAGGCCAGCCUGGAGCUGGAGCUCAAACGCAGAGAAGCGGUUUACAGAGACGUUCUCACCAGGCAGCAGACGCUGAUGAUGUUCGUGCAGAAGCUGAUCACGAACAGGAAGGUGCAGGAGCAGCAGCUGGCCAUGGCCAACCAAGCCACCUACCUGAACCAGCUGGCCAUGCAGAACGGCAUGAUGGGAGGCGGCGGGCUCAGCCAGAUGGACCUGCUGGGCCUCUACCAGCAGCUCCACGGCCAGGGCUCCCAUCAGGGCAUGGGCAAGAACCCCGGCCCCUCCAAGGGCCACUAAGUGGGACGGAGCCCCUGCCGCUCCCCGCUCGGCCGGCCGGCUCCCGCCGGCCCGGAUCUCCGGAAGAAAGCCGCACUGUGAGACUGCUCAGCGCUCGCAAACACACACACACACACACACACACACACACACACACACACACACACACACACACACCAGUGCGCCAAGCAGAGUAGUUUUCAGACCAGGCUGCUGUCGUCUGGGGCCUCAGGUGGGAGAGGCUCCCACUCUGUAAUCCACUGACAGACGAUGGGAUUCGAUGUAUAAACGACGGUGUGAGAAGUCUGUUAGGAAAUUCAGCAGAAGAAGAAAAAAAAAGUAAUGUAUAUAUCGCCUUAAUGUUAUUCAAUUCUAUAUCUUCAUUUUUCAUGUAUUUAAGGACAAACAGUUCCCUCCGAUGCUCUAAGCAUUGGAUUUGUUUUCCCCUUAAACAAAGGUUUCCUUAUUAUUUAAACUCACUUAGUUUUUUUAUACUGUUUUAAAAGCCUAACGACACCUGAGUGGGACCAGUAUCAUUGGUGACAGGACUUUAUGAUGUAAAGCUCUUUGUGGUUAUUAGCCCCAGUAGACUCCUCCACCAUUAUCUAGCAAAGCAGUCGGUGCUGCAGUGUCCUGCUCUUUUUUUUUUUUUUUUUUUGGAAACUAAUAAGUCGAAACAAAAAAAAUCUAUAAAAAAAAGAAGAAAAAAAACCAACAAAAAAUGGCCUUAUAUUCAUUUCCUAAAAAAAAAAAAAAGAAAAAAGAAAGCUCUGUAAAGAUUUGAGAUUAUGUUGAGGAUCUUUUUUAUUAUACUUUUAAGUGUUUACAUUAGUUGUUGCUGAACAUGGUAAUGGAAUGCUUGUGUUGUUCAAAACUGCCUGCCGGUUCCUAAAGGCCCUCCUGUAACAUGGCUCUCAUUGUCACGUGUUGUCUAGCAUAGCACUGUGCGUCCUGUCCAUCGUUUCUUUGUGUUCGUCCCCGGCCCGGGGGAAUUCCUCGGCCUCGCAGAGCGGCCCGCGCAAGUCCGGGUCGGAGUCACGGGGGUCAAAAAAAAAAAAAAAAAAAACCUGAUCCCGGACCCGGCGAUGCACAGUUGUAGAGGGAGUUGACGGGUGGCGAGCACGUGCGUGCGGCGUCCUGCCCCCCCCCCCCCCCCUCCUCGACACUGUAGUUACAUCAGGCAGCCCCCCCCCUCCUCCUCCAGACUACUUCUACUCUACUUUGGCACAUUCUUGCUUCUCGAUGCUUUGCUGUCAGACGUGAGGAGCAGUUCUUUCUCACGCGGAGACGUCCUCGGUCUCCGCUCGACUCCUGUUUGCACAAGGUUUAUUUCAUAAAUGUAGGUUUUUUUUGUUCGUUCGGUUUGUUUGUUUGUUUUUUUUUUUUUUUUUGCUCUCCUCUAAUGUUAUUAGCAAAUACCCCAACACAUGAUUUGCCAUGAAUCUGAUCUGCUAUUAUCUUGAUAAGUAUUUAAUAGAACAUUUAAUAAAGUGACCAAAAGGA